GUUGACAGCUCUGGUCGUACUGUCAGCGCUGACAACUGCCAAGCGCGGCCAACUUCACGUCUUUUUUCUCUCUUUUUGACGUGCUCUUAGCAUAUUAGCGCACCAAAAUGACCAUUCGUCCAGCAUACAGGCCCAAGAUCGUUAAGAAGCGCACCAAGCACUUCAUCCGUCACCAGUCGGAUCGAUAUGCCAAGCUGUCGCACAAAUGGCGCAAGCCCAAGGGUAUUGACAACAGAGUGCGUCGUCGCUUCAAGGGCCAAUAUCUGAUGCCCAACAUCGGUUACGGUUCCAACAAGCGCACCCGCCACAUGCUACCCACGGGCUUCAAGAAAUUCCUCGUACACAAUGUGCGUGAGCUGGAGGUGCUGCUGAUGCAGAACCGCGUCUACUGCGGCGAGAUUGCCCACGGCGUCUCCUCGAAGAAACGCAAGGAGAUUGUUGAGCGCGCCAAGCAGCUGUCCGUGCGUCUGACGAACCCCAACGGUCGUCUGCGUUCUCAGGAGAACGAAUAAGCUUAAGUUUGGAAUUCGCUUAAACGAGUUUUUUAUAAACGUAGUCGGAAUACAACAAUUUGAAACGUUAAAAGUGAACACAUCUAAA